CAGCGCUCGCGCACGUCCCGUCGUCAGCCAUGUUGUUUGUCUGACAGCGCCGUACAGCAACAGGUUGUCAAAGAUUCUCAAUAAAACACUGCAGAAAUCCUUUAAAGAAGCCCUGAAAGCCGACUGUCAUCACGUUAAUUCAGAGGACAAUGGGAAAGGAUAUGUUUUCCUCCCUGGAGAUUUCGCAGAGUCAAUAAUGCUGUUGUGUAAUAUGACUGAGCUAGCCAGCUGAGACGAGGAGAUCAGGACCGCUCUCCUCGUAUCCCUGCCACCUGCAGCCAUGAAUGGUGGUCGGAGUAUUUGGGCUAUAACCCCAGAGGAGAGGGACAAACAUGAUCAGAAGUUUGACAGCCUUUCGCCAGUACAGGGCUUUGUUACAGGGGAGAAGGCACGAAACUUCUUCAUUCAAUCAGGGCUUCCCCAGUCUGUGCUAGCUGAGAUCUGGGCCCUGGCUGAUAUGAAUAAAGAUGGUAGGAUGGACCGGCUGGAGUUUUCUAUAGCCAUGAAGCUGAUCAAGAUGAAACUGCAGGGACAGAAUCUCCCUACAGCUCUGCCCAUCAUCAUGAAGCAGCCACCUGUGCCAGCUCCAACCAUGCCAGCAACACCUCUCGGAAUGGGAACUAUGCCAAAUUUACCCAUGAUGCCCAGCGUGCCCAUUCUGACCCCUAUACCAAUGACCACCAUGAGCCCCAUGCCGGGCAUGACUCCCAUGAUGGGGCUGUCGGUGCCAGUGAUGCCCACCAUCAGCACUCCAGCCCUGCCUAAUGGACCUAUUGCCAUUCUGCAGCCGACCCCCAUCCCUCUCACUUCCACUCUCCCGAUUUCAAGUUCCUUUUCCUCUUCUCCACUGGGCUUCUCUGCCACUCCAUCUUUACUGGACCUGGGCUCAAGCAGUUCAAACUCCUCCCCCUCCACAUCGUUGGCCAGCAACUCUCCUAAGGGCGUCCCUUCUGAUUGGGCCGUCCCACAGGCAUCACGACUCAAAUACAGGCAGCAGUUUAACCACCUGGACAAGCAAAUGAUUGGUUACCUAACAGGUCUUCAAGUGAGAACUGCAAUGGCUACAACAAUGCUUACUCAGACUCAGCUAGCUUCCAUCUGGAAUCUUGCUGAUGUGAACAAGGAUGGUAAACUGCAGGCUGAUGAGUUUAUUCUUGCCAUGCAUCUUGUAGACAUGGCUAAAAUGGGACAGCCGCUGCCUAUGGCACUCCCUUCAGAGCUGGUGCCCCCAUCACUGAGGGGGAAGCUUGGUGACUCUGUGAAUGGAACCACUCCCUCGAUCUAUGCAGGCCUGACUGAGGACCUCUAUGAGUCUGAGCCUCCGCAGAAAUCAAGGAACAAUUUGACUUUUGAGGAUAAAUUCAAGAAAAAUAUGGAGAUGGGAAAUGCUGAGCUGGAGAAGCGCCGACAAGCCCUGCUUGAGCAGCAGCGCAGGGAAGAGGAGAGGAGGGCACAGAAGGCCAGAGAAGAGCAGGAGAAAAGAGAGAGGGAGGCACGAGAGCUGGAGCUGAAGAGGAAGAGGGAAGAGGAGCUCAGACUGGAGCGACAGAGGGAGCUGGAGAGACAAAGAGAGGAGGAGAGACUCAAAGAUCUGGAGAGGAAGGAGGCAGCCAAGAAGGAGCUGGAGCGCCAGCGGCAGCUUGAGUGGGAGAAGAGAAGAAAGCAGGAGCUUCUAAACCAGAAGAGUGAGGAGCAGGAGGAGAUCAUCAAGCUCCGAGCCAAGAAGAGGGGUCUGGAAAUGGAGCUGGAGGCUGUGGGCAACAAGCAGAAACAAAUCUCUGACAAGCUUCAAGAUGCUGAAGGCAAAAAGAGAAUUCAUAAAAAUGAGCUGGAAACGAUCAACCAGAAAAGAGACUCCUGCAUCACAGAAAUCAACUCUCUGCAGAAACAGUUAGAGGAAUUUAAGAGAAAGUUGGGACAGUCGACCAUAGAACAGCAAAAACUCAAUGACAGACUCCGCAGCCUGAGUCUGAACAACCUUCCUACUGCGACAGUAAAAACUUUACAGAGGAAUAUGGAAGACAAGGAUCUUACCUGUCGAAAGCUUAAAGAACAGCUUAAUGCUUUGGAGAAGGAAACUACUGUUAAAUUAGCAGAUAUGGAUCAGUAUAAGAAAGAAAUCCAGGAUCUCCGAGAGAGCCAGAGGACGCAACAGUCUGCUUUGGAAAAACUACGCACCAUUAAGGAAGAAAAAAUCAGAGAGCUAAAAAAACGCAAGCAGGAGGAACUAGAAAAGAAAAGGAGAGAGGAGGAAGAACAGAAACGCAUCAAACUAGAGAAGGACCGGCAAUGGCAGGAGAAAUUGCGGCGUGAAGAGGAGGAGAAACAGCGGAAAAUACAGGAGGAAAGAGAAGCCAAACUUCGUGAGGAGGAGGAGAGGGAGAGACAAGCUCGCUUACAGGCUGCUAAAGAACAAGCAGAACGAGAGCUCAAGGCCCGCGAGGAGGGGGAGAGGAGGCGCAGGGAAGAAGAGGAAGAAAGGAGAGAACAGGAGAGACACAGACUUGAGGAGAAACGGAGGCAGGAGGAGGAGGAGGACCGCAGGCGGCGAGAUGAAGAAAGGAGGAAACUGGAGGAGGAGAGGAGAAAACUGGAGGAAGAAAGGAGAAGACUAGAGGAGGAGAGAAGGAGGCAGGAGGAGUUAAGACUGGAGGAGGAGAGGAAGCGCGAGGAGUGGAGUAGGAAAGAGGAGGAGAGACGAGAAGAGGAGAGAAGAAGGGAGCGGGAGGAGGAGGAGAGGAGGCGACUUCGUGCACAGGAGGCUGCCAUGAGAGAUGCAGAGGAGAGGAAGAGAGUAGAAGAGGAGAGAAAAAGGAAAGAGGAGGACCGGAAAAGGCAGGAAGAGGAGAGCAGGAGGCGUCGGGAGGAGGAACAAAGGAAACCGGAUGAGGAGAGGAAGAAGAAACAGCAGGAGGAAGAGACUGCAGCCGCAAGAGUGGCGAUGAGAGAUGAUGAACAGAACAAGAAGAACACUGUUAAAUCAGACAUUGUUGCUGCUCUUCUGCGCGGCCUGGAGGAGAGGAAAGGCAGCAGACAUCCUCUUGGCACACAGCACAGGAAAUCAGCGGCACUGACAACAUUUAAAGCCCUCUACCCCUUCACUGCCAGAAAUGAUGAUGAGCUGUCCUUCGAAAGCGAUGACCUGAUUGAGGUGGAUGAGAGCAUAGAGCGAGAGCAGGGCUGGCUGUAUGGCAGCCGGCAGGGGAAGAUGGGCUGGUUCCCUGAGAGCUAUGUGGAGAAGCAGACCAAAUCAGAGGCUCCGCUCGUGGCCAAACAAGCCCUAAAGCCACAGGUCUCCAUCUCUGUCAGCAAACUGAGUGAUGGACCGAGUGGAUCACGAUUGAGCUCCGCUUUCACCCCCACCCAUGCCACAGGCUCCGCCUCCUCCAAUCAUGGUCAGGUGGUGGGGAAUGUGCAAGCUAAAGCUCUGUGCUCGUGGACUGCAAAGACAGACAACCAUCUCAACUUUUCCAAAGAUGAUGUGAUCACAGUUCUGGAGCAGCAGGAGAACUGGUGGCUUGGAGAGCUUAAUGGGGUUCAGGGGUGGUUCCCCAAAAGCUAUGUUACAGUGCUGAGCGCCAGUGAUGCACAAGAAGAUUCCACUGAUGCAUCUGAUACAGCAGAUGGAUCCAGCUAUGAAGAAUAUGUGGCACUGUACACUUAUGAGAGCCCUGAGCCUGGAGACCUGACCUUCACCGAGGGAGACACCGUCCUGGUAUCAGAGAGAGAAGGGGAGUGGUGGAGAGGCAGCAUCGGAGACAGAUCAGGAGUCUUCCCCUCCAAUUACGUCAAGCCAAAGGAGGCUGAUGCAUCAAGUCUCUCUGGUAAACUUGGAACACCUGCAAAGAAACCAGAAGUGGCCCAGGUGACCACUGCACACACAGCUGCAGGUGCAGAGCAGUUGAAUCUAGCCCCAGGACAGCUCAUCCUCAUCCUCACCAAGAACCCCUCCGGCUGGUGGCUCGGGGAACUGCAGGCCAGGGGGAAGAAACGUCAGAAGGGCUGGUUCCCUGCUUCACACGUCAAGCUUCUGGGCUCAAACAGCGGCAAAUCUACACCUGCAUCGGUGGCUGUCGGCCAAGUCAUCGCCAUAUACGACUACGCCGCAGCGAAUGAGGACGAGCUGAGCUUCUCGAAGAGUCAAGUUAUCAAUGUGCUGGACAAAAGCAAUCCUGACUGGUGGAAAGGAGAACUCAAUGGGGUCACGGGCUUGAUUCCUACCAACUAUGUGAAAAUGACCACCUCUGAUUCUGACCCCAGUCAGCAGUGGUGUGCUGACCAGAGCACUCUGGAUUCAAUGAGCCCGCAGGAGAAGAAACGGCAAGGAUACAUCCAUGAGCUCAUUGAAACAGAGGAAAAAUACAAUGAAGACCUACAGCUGGUCCUUGAGGUCUUCUACAAGCCCAUGUCUGAAUCAGGUCGUCUCACUGAGACUGAAAUGAACAUGCUAUUUGUCAACUGGAGGGAGCUUAUCCAGUGCAACUCCAAGAUGCUCAAGGCACUGAAAGCAAGGAAAAAGACCGGAGGAGAGAACAUGCCUGUUCACAUGAUCGGAGACAUCCUGGCUUCCGAGCUGUCGCACAUGCAGGCCUACAUCCGCUUCUGCAGCUGCCAGCUGAACGGUGCCACGCUGCUGCAACAGAGAACCGAUCAGGAGCCAGACUUCAAAACUUUCCUCAAGAAAAUUGCCACAGACUACCGUUGUAAAGGAAUGCCUUUGUCCAGCUUUUUACUCAAACCUAUGCAAAGGAUCACUCGCUACCCUCUCCAUAUUAAAAAUAUCCUGGAAAGUACUCCAGACAGUCACGUGGACCAUGAUCAACUGCUAGAGGCUUUGGAGAAGGCAGAGCUGCUGUGCUCUCAGGUGAACGAAGGUGUCAGGGAGAAGGAGAACUCUGACAGGCUGGAGUGGAUCCAAUCCCAUGUGCAGUGUGAAGGCAUCGCAGAGAAUCUGACCUUCAACUCUCUGACCAACUGCUUGGGUCCUCGUAAAUUGCUGCACAGCGGGAAGGUGUUUAAGACCAAGAGCAAUAAGGAGUUAUACGUCUUUCUGUUCAACGACUUUAUACUGUUCACUCACGCUAUCAAGCAGUUCACUUCCUCAGGAACGGACAAGCUCUUUAGCCCCAAGUCCAACAUCCAGUACAAGAUGUAUAAGACGCCUGUGUUCCUCAAUGAAGUUCUGGUGAAGCUUCCAUCAGAUCCAUCCAGCGACGAGCCCGUCUUCCACAUUUCCCACAUAGAUCGUGUGUACACACUGAAGACCGAGAACAUUAACGAAAGGACUGCAUGGGUUCAGAAGAUUAAAGCGGAAUCAGAAGCAUUCAUUGAGAUGGAGAAGAAGAAACGGGAAAAGUCCUAUCAAUCUCGUUCAAUGAAGGCAAGUGGAAUUGGUCGCCUGCUUGUCACCAUCUUGGAGGCAACAGAGCUAAAAUCCUCCAAACCAAACGGAAAGAGUAAUCCAUACUGUGAAGUGACCAUGGGCUCUCAGUGUUACACUUCCCGAACCAUCAAUGACACUGUCAACCCGAAGUGGAAUUUCAAUUGUCAGUUUCACAUUAAAGACCUGUAUCAAGAUGUCCUCUGUAUUACGAUUUUUGAGCGGGAGCAAUUUUCACCAGAUGACUUCUUAGGUCGCACUGAGGUUCCUGUAGCCACUAUUAAGAAAGAGCUUGAGAAUAAAGGUCCGUCCACUAGGAGGCUGCUGCUUCAUGAAGUUCCCACUGGAGAGGUUUGGGUUCGGCUUGACCUGCAGCUGUUUGACCACAAAGCCCCCAAAUGAGGAGGAGAGAGGAUGUCCCUUCAAAACUGCACUUCAAGCACAGCGUCUCACCACUAGCUUCUCAAGAUUGCCUUAAAAUGUUCUCAACUACUGUGGAACAUACUAAUGAAUGCGUGACCAUAAGGAGUUAACUUUCACAACUUUGCCAAGUUUUGAUUUUUGACCAAGUGAUAUGGGAAUGAAAAGGGAGAAUUUGGGAUUUUUUUUUUUUGUUAGUUUUAUUGCCUAAAUAAUUUACCACUGGAUGUAGAGAUAUCUCAGGACCUAUAUUUUGCUUCAAAUAUACUGUCUUUAUUGCUGUACAGAAAGCUAUAUUUGUUAUAAUCGUAACUUGCCUAGAUCUGAAGUUGAUGAGAACUUUUUUGAACUUGAAUAUUCUCAUCAGCAACACUAAACCAGGUGGUGUUGUUUUUCAAUUCAUUAUCCGUCUGCCUUACCUGCCGGUUCUUCCAUUUAACUUCACCAUUAUAGAAUGAAUUUGCACCAGCCAGUUGAUCCUCUCUAGUCUAUAAAAUCUUAUAACCGCUUAUUAGCCUGUGUAACAUGGAAGGAACUUUUUUUGCAGAGCUUACUAGUUUUUAUGUAUGAAGGUACAAAUGAGGUGAUUAACCAGGGAUGAUUGGUUAAAGGUCUAAUCACUGUUGAUUUUGUGUGCUUGACUGAGUUUUAUUUAUGUUAAUUUAUGCGUCUUGGACUAUCUGCACAUUUUACGCUGCCCACUAUAUCUGGAUUGCUGUAAAGCAUUCAGAAAAGGUCUUAAUGUUGUGUAUUUUUGGUGAGUUGGAGUAAGUUAGUAUGAACGUUUACUCAAGAGAUUGAGUUUGUCUCUUAGGUUUUAUUUGUUUUAGUUUUAAGUAUAAAUGUAAUAAAAUUUGUUGAAUAUUCUGAUUUUUUUAUUUUUUAUUUUUUUUCCUGAAAACGUUUUUUUUUUUUCUUUAUCUUUCAUUUUAGCCAAGUAUUAGUUUUAAAAAACGGUCUAAUGUUGUAUUGUCAGAAAGACAUCGAAGCACAAAUAUGCAACAAAAUCAGGAUUCAAAUGCAAAUAAAAUUAAAAUACUGUAAAGUA